AACAACAAAAUUAUUUAGUUGCGUUAGAUAAUAGAUAUAGUUAUUAUGUAACAAGUUUAAUUAGUUUUUUAUUAUGUAUAACUCGAAUUAAUACUACGAUAUAGUUUUGUGUGCAAUAUUAAGGAUCACCAUCAAUUAUAAAGUUUUGUAAACCGGACUAUUUGUAUCUGUUCCUUCUACGAUUACAUAAAACUAUCAGCAUGUCAUCGAUGAAGAUGAUAAGCCGUGUUUCCAGUCGAGUGUUGUCCGGCAAAGGCUUACGGUCGGAGCCGGUUGAUUUGUCAAUUUUAUUGCCGCGAAAUAUAUACACAAACCAUCGAACCAUGGCUUCCAAAGCAAUAACUAUGGAAAAUAUCAAUCCUAAUGUAGUGAAAUUGGAAUACGCCGUACGUGGACCCCUGGUCACCCGUGCAGCUGAAAUAGAGAAAGAAUUAGAAAAGGGCGCAAAGAAGCCCUUCAAGAGAGUGAUUCGGGCGAACAUCGGCGACGCGCAUGCCAUGGGACAAGUGCCCAUCACAUUUAUCCGACAAGUAUUAUCGUGCAUUGCGAAUCCCUGCAUCAUAGACAAAGUAGACUAUCCCGAGGACGUGAAGCAGAGAGCUCGCGACAUUCUGGCUGCUUGUGGCGGCAAAUCCGUGGGCGCGUACACGGCGUCGCACGGCAUCGAGUCGAUCCGGCGGCACGUGGCCGAGUACAUCGCGCGGCGCGACGGCCACCCCAGCGACUGGAACAACGUGUGCCUCGUGGGCGGCGCCUCCAACGGCAUCAAGAACUGCCUGCAGCUGCUCGUCAACACCAUCGGCGGGAAGCCGUCCGGCGUAAUGAUCCCCAUACCCCAGUACCCAUUAUACUCAGCGUCACUGGCGGAGUACGGUUUGUCCCAAGUGGGGUACUACUUGGACGAGUCGGCCCAGUGGGGGCUGGACCCUAAGGAAUUGGAGCGCGCCAGAGAGGAGGCCCUCAAGAGUUGCAACGUGCGGGCCAUCGUGGUCAUCAACCCUGGCAACCCUACGGGACAGGUGCUGACGCGAGAAAACAUCGAAGCGAUAAUCCGUUUCGCGAACAAGCACAAUCUGUUCAUAUUCGCGGACGAGGUGUACCAGGACAACGUGUACGCGGAGGGCAGCAAGUUCUUCUCCUUCAAGAAGGUGAUGACGGAGAUGGGUGAACCCUUCAGUAAAAUGGAGCUGGCCUCCUUCAUGUCCAUCAGUAAGGGUUACAUGGGCGAGUGCGGGCUGCGCGGGGGCUGGAUGGAGCUGGUGAACCUGGAGCCGCAGGUGCAGGCCAACCUGUACAAGGCCAUCUCCGCCAUGCUGUGCCCCAGCUCGCUGGGGCAGGCGGCCGUGGAUACUGUUGCGAAGCCGCCCGCGGCCGGCGAGCCGUCGUACGAGCUGUGGAUCAAGGAGAAGACGGAAGUGCUGCGCUCGCUCGACCGCCGCGCCAAGAUGAUCGCAGACACAUUCAACGCCAUGGAGGGCUUCAGCUGCAACGUCGUGCAGGGCGCCAUGUACGCGUUCCCGCAGAUAGCGCUGCCGCCCAAAGCCAUCGAGGCGGCCAAGAAGGAAGGCAAGGCGCCCGACGUGUACUACGCGUUCCGCCUGCUCGAGCAAACCGGUAUCUGCAUAGUGCCAGGCUCGGGUUUCGGCCAGAGGCCCGGCACGUACCAUUUCCGCACGACCAUCCUGCCGCAGCCGGACCUGCUGCAGGAAAUGUUGGACAUUUUCCGGAAAUUCCACGAGAACUUCACCAAGGAGCACGCGUAAACAACAAUCGCGUAAUCAAUCUGCGGAAAUGUGAUUAAUUUUUUUAAUUUUUUCUUUGUUAUAUGCACGUUGGAGGGGAGAAGGAAAUUUUUGAGGUGUUUUCGUGCCUUCUAUUUGUUGGGAAUUAAAGAAUGCGUAUAACUGCUUAAUGCCAAUAAUAAUGGUUAUAUUGUAAGGUCAUGUGUAAAUUUCAUGUCUGUCCUACAAGUC